AUGUAUCGACCUCGUCUAUCGCUAUCCUCCCUCCUUGUCAUCCCCACCAUCUCAACAUUCAUCCUUCAGUCUCUUCCUAUCUCGGCUUACAUUCCAGCGAUAGCCGUGAACGAUACUUCCGGAUUGAACUUUACGGAUUCAUCUACGAUAGCUAUCUCUUGGACUGAUCCUGUUGGAACGUAUUCAGGUAGAGUGUCAUUCCAACUUCAAGCUGAUGUCAGAACAGGCGGUACCACUUCUGGAGCAUUGGUACAUUUCGCGGAAAGUUCAAUGGGCGAGAACCUCACGACAUCAACACCUUGGAUAGCAUAUAUAAGUUGUGAUGUGAAUGAGACUACGGCGAGCGAUGAAUGGGAUAUAUUCACGCUAGCUAGAGAUAGGGGAGCAGUAUCAGCUCUGCUAUAUACCGCACACUCCCAAUCAUGUCUACUCAACUCAGAAUACAUCACAGACUUUGAGAAGCCUUUAGAUGUAUUUGCGACAAAGACUGUGCAGGUGGCUAGGCUCAUCGACAAUCAAUUUGUACAUACCAAUACAUCAUUUGAGAACUACAAUGGAACUCUUCUAAACAUAUCAGGAGCCGAUGUGAACAGUUCCCUAGCCGGUAACGCACCAUCCUACAAGUCCUUCUUAAUGGGAACGCUCACCGCCCGGAACUCGACUGGUCAAGCUACAGCAACAGGUAUACCCAACGCUACGCCCACAGAUGACGGCUCGUCAAGUAACGGAGGUAGUGGCAACAAAAAGACCUCUGCACCUAUGAUCGUUUUAUACACCAUUACCGGAGUUGUCUCCUUCAUGUUCAUUUUCAUGUUGAUUAUGGGAGCUAGGAGGGCAAUGUUGCAUCCCGAAAGAUAUGGAAGAAGGGAGAAUGACGAUGAACAUGGUCCGCCGCAAUCUACCGCUAGAGGAUUGGCUCAAGCUGUGCUGGAUACUUUCCCAGUGAUCAAAUAUAAUCGGAACAAUGAGGAAGGGUACCAUAGAGGAGAAGGGGAAGGGGAAGAACAAGGUACACCACCUAAAAGCUUGAAUUCCGAAAAUGGUAUUUCAUUGAACCAAAUGAGUCGGAACGAUCGUACCGACUCCUAUGGAUAUGGUUAUGGGUAUCAUCAGAAUGACGGCGAGACAUCGAAAACGGGAGGAGUACAGGUAUCGGAAGUCGAAAGAAGGAUAUCAUCGAUCGCUAGUGGCAGUGGGAGUAAGACGCCUAAACAAUAUGACCAGAUGGAUCAAGAUACUGCGAUGGGCGUUGGAACCGAAAGUCAGGGUCAACAAUGUCCAAUAUGUUUGGUGGACUUUGAACCUGGAGAUGAUCUUAGGGUGUUACCUUGCGAGAGGGAACAUGCGUAUCAUCAAAGUUGUAUUGAUCCUUGGUUACUUCAAGUAUCCUCAUCAUGCCCACUAUGUCGUAAAGACUUCAACGCACCACCAUCCACAUCCAUCCUAUCUAACUCUCAAUCAUCCAGUGACUCCUCACCUUCACCCCACUCCUCAACGUACCCUUCUUCGGACCAACCUCCACCCCAGACCCAGCCACCUACUCAACAUGGUUUCGCGCGUUAUCUCGCUUUCAUGAGGCGGGAACGGACCAAUAGGGAUAGGAGGAGAAGUAGGACGGAUAGUGGGGUUGGUCAAGGAAGGAGUAGAGAGGCUGAUCAGACUGGUCCGGGAGGGUAUUAG